AUUAAUUCUUCCUUUUCCCGUCAUACCUAGGUGUAUAAUCCACCUUUCUCUUCACGAGCCAAUAGAAAACACAUAAAACUCAGGAAACCUAGAAGAUAUACCUCUUCGACUAAAUCACUCAUACAUAUUUCCUAGAUCCCAGACUCGCAGACCCCGCCAUGGCAGCCGUAGCGAGCGGCCAGGAAUCAGCAGCUGUAGCAGGAACAGGGGGGAGGGAGAGGGAAAGGGAAAGGGAGCCGUCGCCCCCCUUGCCGGCGCGGCACACGCCGCUGACGCCGGGACCCCGCGCGUCGCGGUUCCAGCAGGUGCUCGACUCGAGCCUGUCGCACACGCUCGCCAAGAUCAGCUGGGACAACUUCGCGGCUUGCUACCCGACGAUCGCGGCGCAGGCGCCGGGCGUGCUGCGCGCGGUGCAGAAGCAGAUGGUCGACCGGCUGGGGGCGUUGUGUAAGAAAGAAUUCGAUUCUGUGCUGCAGAGUCGCAACGUGGUGGCCAAGCUGAACGAGCUCGAGAUGCUUGUCAGCGAGGCCGAGCACAGGAGGGACGACGCCGGCGUGGCGGAGCCGCCUAUUCCACCACAUAUGCUGCCGCCAGACCAGGUUCUAGCUGCGCAUUUAGCACCGCACUUGGCACAACAGCAAUCUCAACUCAACGCAAAACUACAAACAGUCCAGGCCCACAAUGCGAAGCUUUUUGAUGAUAUCCAGAAGCAGCGUGCGGAGAUGCAGUCGCUGAUGGCCCUCCUGCAGAAGGUUUUUGAAGACAUCGACGGGGCUAAUGGCCAGAUCGAUGAUGUCGCGGAUGACCUCGCUAAGGAGACGAGGAUGGUGGAAGCCGAAAUGACGGAGUCGUAAGAGAUCAUGCUAUCGUGUGCGAAUGAUAGUCGGCAUCGGGAUUAGUGUCACGGUUCUUUGUUAUGAUUCUACGGUUUCUGUAAGACGGAAGGGGUGAUGCAUGGAUCUGGCGUUAUGGCGUACGACGUGGCUGGCUGAGCUGUAUUUCAAUAGCCAGAUUAGGUUACUUGGACUUUUUCCGAUGAAAUGGAUAUGGCAUGAUACACAUGUAGGUAAUAUCAGUUCUCUUUUUAAGAGGCGAUUCUACUGAGAAUAAAUUCCGACCAAUGUGAGAAUAGGGGGCGGGGGGUAGCGGUAGACGCCACUGCGUAAGCGAUAGACGACCCUCAUCAUUUCCAAUUUAUUCACUCAUACCUA